UUAUUGUCUAAUCAAGUGAAUGCAUUGUAUUAUUGUUAAGUUGCUUUUGUUUCAAAAGAAAUUUUAAUAAUUUUGAAUACCAGUCUUAAAAUUUUAAAAAGAGGAAGUUCAUUUAAGCAUUGACGUAAAAGAUAAACUGCUUUUGAAAAAAUAAGAGAGUAAUUUUAUUAAAAAAGGGCAGUUUUAAACAGAACAAAGCAAGCUUGAGCAUUUUCUUUAUUGUAUUAUAAAAAGACAAAAACAAUAAGAGUAAAUAAGAGUAAAGAUCGCUGCAAAGGAGUUUUACAGCAUACACAAUUACUUCCGAAACAUUGAAUGUAUGCUAACUUGGUAAAAGCUUGAAAAUAAUUGUUCUUGAACAUUUUUUAAAAAAGAUAUUGCACGGUCAGUGCAACCAUUUACGGAUAUACGAGUUAUACACGUUAUAAACUAGUAGAUUAUGGAUGAUAAACAUCGUGCUAACAUAAUUGAAAAUACAGAUAAACUCAUAAAUCGUACAAAGUAUGAGAAACUUGCGCAUGCAUGUAAAGCUAAGGGUUUGCUCUCUCCGAUUAUGCUACAGAAUUUAGAAAAAAUUGAACCGGACAUGUGCGUAAAUUGGUCAGAAGAUGAGAAACAAUAUGAACGCCAUAAAAGGUUGUUCAUUAAAAUCACUAAACGUGGACCGACAGCUUAUCAAGAGUUGCGAAUGAUUUUGGCUGACUUAAAAUACGACAGUGCAUUGUGUGUUCUCAAUGCUCUGGACGAUGACUCACGUAUGCGUUCCAUACAAAAACGUGAAGACCAAAAAUACGAACGGCAAUUGUCUGGUAUAAGAGAGUGCGAAACGCUGAUUACAACAAAUGGCAAUAACAACAAUAACAGCAAUGAUAUGCAUUGUAUAGAUCGCAGUGAUGGUGCCAAAAAGGAAUUAAAUAUUAACAAAAGCAAUUGUUCAAAUGAAAUAAUGCUUGAAGAAUUUACAGAUGAAAUUUACCCAAAGAUGAGAUUGGACGUAAAAAAAUCAACGGCUGUUCACACACAUCCAAAAUUAGGCACAUAUCCGAUGCAAAGUCAAUAUAAUCGUGGUGUAUUUUUUAUGGUGAAUAUUAUUGAUUUCUUAAGUAACGAUGAGCCACGACGUGGAGCUGAAGGCGAUGCCGAAUCGCUGCUAUACCUGUUCCGCGAAUUAGGUUUCAAGUUGUUUUCUUACACCAAUAUCAGUCAAUCCGACUUUUUCAAAUUGUUAGAUGCACUCUUAAAUUCGAAAUACACAACCAACACAGAAUGCUUCGUUAUGGCUUUGAUGACUCAUGGGACCAGAGAUGAUGAUGGUUUUGAACGUGUAACAUUCCAUGAUGGUUCCAUUGUUAAAGUAGAAGAUAUUGAGAGAUAUUUUCAUAAUCACAUUUGCCGAAAUUUGCAAAACAAGCCAAAAAUUUUUAUAUUUCCUUUUUGCCGUGGGAAUAUUGCUGAUAUGGGAAUAAAAGGAAAAAUUCAAACAGAUUCAGUUAGCUACAUUAGUGGCAAUGCAAAAACUAAUAUACCUCAACUAUCCGAUGUGUUCAUAUGCUAUGCCGCUUCGCCUGGUUUUAAAUCCCAUAGAGAUGUGGAAGCCGGAUCUUGGUAUAUACAGAAAUUUGUGGAAAUGAUGGCUGCUAAUGCUCACGACACCUCUUUCGAAGAGAUUGUGAAAAUGAUACAAGCAGAAACCUCAAAACUGCGUACAGUAGAUGGACACUUGCAAACCGCCAACUCAGUAAAUAUGGGCUUCAACAAAGCAUUAUUCUUCAAUCCAGGGGUUUGGUUGGACUGAAUGCAUUUAAACACAAAUU